AUGGGAGACGAGGAGGAGGAGGCAAAGUCACAGCAAGAAUCUGAACCAAACUUAAAUCCUAAUCCUCCGUCCACGGUGGUUGACGACGUCUCUUCCCAGCCUCCUCCGCCGGCUGAACCUCCAAUGCCGUCAUUAUCAUCACCUCCUAGCCCCUCCUGGUUUACACCGGUUAGAUUGCUUGUGAUAUUUUGUGUGGUCAACUUGAUUAAUUAUGUGGAUCGCGGAGCCAUAGCAAGUAACGGUGUCAAUGGAAAUCCAAAUACUUGUACCAAAGACGGUGCUUGUUCAGGAGGUAGUGGUAUUCAGGGCGAUUUCAAUUUGAGUAAUUUUCAGGAUGGUGUAAUAUCAUCAGCCUUUAUGGUUGGAUUCCUUGUGGCAUCUCCAAUAUUUGCUUACUUAGCCAAGAGGGUUAACCCCUUUCGGCUUAUUGGAGUUGGUUUGACCGUCUGGACCAUCGCUGUUGCGGGUUGUGGUUUUACUGUUGAUUUCUGGUCCAUUGCCUUCUGCCGCAUGUUUGUUGGAGUUGGAGAGGCUUCUUUUGUGAGUCUUGCAGCCCCUUACAUUGAUGACAACGCUCCACCUGCAAAGAAAGCAGCUUGGUUGGGUGUUUUCUACAUGUGCAUACCAUGUGGUGUGGCACUUGGUUACGUCUAUGGUGGAUUGGUGGGGAAUCAUCUCUCUUGGCGGUAUGCAUUUUGGAUCGAGGCUGUUAUGAUGCUUCCUUUUGCUGUAUUAGGAUUUGUGAUGAGACCCUUGCAGCUUAAAGGUUUUGCUCCAGCUGGAUCCAAAAAAGCAUUGACUGUAGAGACAGCUGCCACUGAAGACCAAGGUGGCCAAUUGUCUGUCACAGAAGAGUUGCAAAAGCAAACAUCAGGACCUUCCAAGUCAAAGGAUAUUACAAAACCAACCCAAGGGAAAAGCUUUCUAAAAGAUGCAAAAAGUAUUUUGGUUGACAAGGUUUAUGUUGUGAAUGUUAUAGGCUAUACGGCAUAUAAUUUUGUUAUAGGUGCAUAUUCUUAUUGGGGACCAAAGGCUGGUUAUAACAUAUAUCACAUGAAAAAUGCAGAUUACACUUUCGGCGGUGUGACAUGUAUAUGUGGUGUAUUUGGAACUCUAGCCGGAGGUUUUGUUCUAGAUCGGUUGACUUCCACAAUUCCCAAUGCUUUUAAGCUUCUUUCUGUGGCUACCUUGUGUGGGGGAAUAUUCUGUUUUGCUGCAUUUUGUUUCAAGAGCUUAUAUGUUUUCAUAGCAUUUUUUGCAAUUGGAGAGCUGCUUCUAUUUGCCACUCAGGGUCCUGUGAAUUUUGUAUGUUUGCACUGUGUAAAGCCCAGUUUGAGACCUUUAUCAAUUGCAAUGUCUACUGUUUCAAUUCAUAUAUUCGGGGAUGUGCCUUCCUCGCCUCUUGUGGGAGUUCUCCAGGACCAUAUCGACAAUUGGAGAAAAACAGCACUAAUUCUAACAUCGAUUUUGUUUCUCGCGGCUGCAGUAUGGUGUAUUGGUAUCUUCCUUAAGAGUGUUGAUAGAUUCAACGAAGAAAGUGAACACGGAAUUCCUGCGAGUGACAGGUCAAACAUGACACCCUUGCUUGAAGAAAAGCCGGUUGAAACAAACAACCGAAGCUUGUGCUGA